GUAUUCUUAUUUAAGAAUUUGUUAUUGCCUGUCUUGCACUGUACGGCAACAGCGCGGGGCAGGCUGAGCAACCUCCCCGCGCCCUCUAUUCGCGUCGCCUCGCCCCGCCGCCCCGCGCGCUCAGUACCCAUUAGACUGUCACGAGAGGAAGUUACGUCGCGCGCAAUUUCACUUACAACGAUAUUCGAAUCUACAUUCACGGGAGAAUUACGCAUAGAACUUAUGAUUAUUAUCAAUUAACGUGCAUUUUAUGAUACCCAUAAUGUGCACCAAAGUGUGCGCCAUCUUAAUCAAUGAUAGAGAAUUAUUGGACCUUGCAAUAAAUAUUUGCAAAACUUUCCAUUGGAUUUCGCGAUCAAGUUUUCAACGGUUACUAUUUGACUAUGCAAUUUUGAAUAAUAUAUUUUUGCCUAAUAAACAUUAUGAAAAUCGGGCAGUGGAUCCGGUUUGGACGAGAAAAUAUAUUGACGUAAAUAAAGAGUUAAUCUCAACGAGUGUUACGAGCCGGGAAUUACCGAUGGCGUUAAUGCAUUACACCUUACCGAAAGAAGUUACGAGCUUUAUGAAUAUGUUGUCUGAUCUAGUCAACUUGGACCAGUACAACCCAGAUGAAAUUUACAAUGUAGAUGAAAUUGGCAUUUUUGUAGCUUGCGGUGAUAAUGAGGAGAUAAUGGCUAGCCUUGCACAAAAACUACAUGACGAAGAACCGUUGUUGUCAGUCAUUAACGCUGUUAAUGCCAGGGGAAGUAUCGUACCACCGUUCUUUGUGACAAAAAGAAAACACUUGUCCACAGUAAUAGAAAAUUGCGGCCCAGAAAUGACAGUCUGUGUGACUGAAUCUGAUGACAUAGACGAGGAAACAUUUGCGAAUUGGUUGCGUCAUUUCAAAGAUUUUGCGAAACCGUCUGCACAAAAACCGGUAUUUUUAGUAAUGGAUAACAAUUACUAUCAUGUGAGUUUAGAUGCUUAUAGGUAUUGCCAGAAACACUUCAUACGACUUUUAGUAUUACCUCCUCAUACUUGGGUUAGAAUGUACCCAUUGGAAGUAUUAUUUCACGAUCCAAUGAGAUUAGCUUGUCAGCAGGAUGCUGAAAAUUAUGUGAAGGAGAAUAUUUUUACUAACGCCAAUAUCGAAAUUGCUAAUAUCGUACGCUUUUACACUAAAGCAAGUUAUAACGUCAGAUCGUCAGUUGUUAAAAAUUGUGCUCAGGCAUUUCAAACUGUAGGAAUCUAUCCUCCUGAUGAAAAUAAAUUUGUUAAGGCGAUCAAAAGUAAUAUAUCAAAGGAGCUCCACUGGUCGCAAAUUGGUGACGUUUGGUACAUCAACUGCAUUGUGCGUUUUAAACACACUGUAAAUCCAGGUAUGAAAAGAUUGACAGUGGUUGGAUUGAAUCCGAAAUUUGGAGACGUAUCAAAAUUGGAGUCAGAUCGGCACUUGGGCCAUAUUAAAAGAGAAUUAGACACUUCCAUGGACAGUCAAUCGACGCAGCAUCGAGUAAAUAAACAGAUUUUUAAAAAGAACUCCAUGCUACUGACUUGUGCGCAACAGAAUCAGAAAAUACUAUCGAGUACGCUAAAAUUAAAACAAAUGGUCUCAGCAUAUACGCAAACUGAUAAACCUCAAUUGGAAAAGAAAAUCUUACCGCCUAUAUCUAUUAGCCCUGAUCCUUUAUGGAAAUUGCAUAUAUAUACUGAAAAUACCUCACGUUGUAGUAAAGAACGGUCUAUUACAAACAAAAAGGGUAUAAGCAAGUUCAUAAUGUACGAGGAAGAUGUAGUUAUAAAAACCGAAAUUAAAGGCGAACAUUCGGUGAUUGACUGAUAUUACAUAUAAAUAUGGCCUAUAUAAAAUUAAUUAUAAGUUGAUAACCCUAUAUUAGAAUUUUUACGCAAACAACGUUUUUUCGUAAUAGACUCUUUAUUUUCUCCUAAUUAAUUAAUUAAAGUUAUUUACCACACAUUGUGAACAUAGAUUCGUCGGGUCGA